AAAUCUAGGGUGACCUCACGGAAGUCCAAGCCUUUUUCUACUCGGAUAAACGCAGCCCCGCCUCAGGCUCAAUAUUGUUGGUGUCUGCCGGAUCUCGCUUUCGACAAUGUCAAUUUGAAUACUUGGCGGUCUACAUGGCCUUCUUAAUGCCGAUAACUUGAGGAGUUAGAGUGGAACCGGUAGUCUUGAAGGAUAACUACUACUCGGACUCUCAACUUGCCCUGAAAAUUUUACAUAGCCUAUCGCCGACCAUGAUAAUCUUAAUCGACUCAUAAUCGAAUAAGAAUCGUGCUCUCAUGUGUUAAAAUAUCUUCACGGGUAGUGACUCAUCCCUUGUCCCGACUUGUCCUCCCAGGUUUCUUCGUCAACAACUCCCUCAUGUCGGGCAAGCAGGAUCUUGAGAGUAAUGACUCUACGACCCUAACGAGCUGGAAGAAAUACCUAUUGACCGAUAUCGAUGGAGACAAAGCCACCGCUCCGCUGUCUGCAUAUUGUUUUAUGACUGGUUUUAUUGACGCUGUCUGUUUCUCUGCCAUUUUUGUAUGGUGUGCUUUUCAAACCGGAAAUACUGUACAGCUCGGCCUUGCCCUCGCCCGCCUUUUCAAUGGCCAACACGACUACUCUUUCCAUAUCGCAGAUCAACAAGCCCUCUGCUCUCUCAUCACAUUCAUCAUUGGCGCAUCCAUUGCCCGCAUCGGCGACAAGAUGGGUUGUAAAACCCGGGCAUGGCUGGCUCUCGGCACUAUGAUCCAGACCCUCUUCACCAUGGCUGCAGCUAUCGCCAUCUGGAAGAAUGGGCAGACGAGUGUUGCGGAUUCACGUGCUGACCCAGCAUGGACCAAUACGUUGUCCUUUGUCUGUGUUGGCUUCAUGAGCGCAAGCAUGGGUCUCCAAGGGAUCAUGGGUAAGAGGACGAACACGCAGUUUACCACCACGGUGGUAUUGACGACGACAUGGUGUGAGCUGAUGGCUGACCCUCAGCUCUUUAACUUUCGUCGGCUCGUCAUCUCCCGGGAUCACAAGAUCCUUGCCAUCGGCUCGUUGUUCUUGGGCGGGCUUUUGGGACGUGCAUUAGUCGAUGUAAUAGGCUCCGCCAGUACUCUUGGUGUUGGCACGGGUUUGAGGUUUAUUGUUAGCAUCUGGUGGCUCUUUGUCCCCGGCAAGGCAGCCAAGCGGUAACCGCCAAAGUCCGUAACAUUUACUGUAAUAAGCAAACAUAGAUGGGUUGUAGAACUGAUACGAGUAUUGUAUUUUGUUCGAUCUCUAACGCUUAGCAUCGAUGUGGACUUGACACAUCAAUAUGAACUGACCUGUAGCUUCACACCUUACAACUUUUGCGGGAGGGUUAACAAUAUAUAGAUUACGUCAUCUCUGCAUGCACACGGAAUUAUCUUGUGAAGGUUCGAGAAGU